AGUGGAUGUUAGACACAUAACAUAAUACAUUUUCCUUUAUUCGUCCGCUUAUAACUAUUUUACACCGUAAGGUAAGACUUCAAUUAAGGUAAACUAUUGUAAUGCCAGUUCCCAACUUAUUUUGAGGUGGCAGUGGUGUCUGACACUGAUAAAAAUAGGGGUCAGAGUUCUACUAAGGGCAAAUCAUUGGGUAGUUUACCCUAUUUGUAUAACUAACUAGUAUAUAUAAUAUAUAGCUUGAAUAGGCAUAGUUUCGUAUUUUUUGGAUGCACUGUUUUUCGAUAUUUACACCAAAUAGGCUCGAUGUUGACUAUUUUAUAUAAAAACAUUAAAAUACUAAAUGAAAAAAAGAGCAGCACUGUUAGGUAGUCUUGCACUGAACCGUGUUAUAUAUACGUAUUUGGAUAACUGUAUGUGGACUUGAUAUUUAAAAUUUUAGAAUAUUUGUAACAGUAUAAGACAAAGCGAAUUUUACCUUAAAACUCUCUCAAUGUUUGUGGUUCAAUUUUGGAAUCUCCCUGGCUCGGGUAUCAAUAUCGCACGAGCGGCUAAACAACAACUUUGCCCCCUUGUGAAACAAAUAACUAUUACCAAAUGGAACAUCGACAAAACCACUGAUUACUGUCUAUGACAAGGUGUAUAUUUCUGUGUAUGAUAUGCUUGCAGAUGUUUGUUAAGGUUAUGAUUUGAAACUAUAUAUCGCUCAAACUAGAAGAAACCUUCUACUAAAAAAUUACACCAAUAACAGUCUGUGUUACGUGUUAUAUGAGUGCAAAUAACAUGACUGUGUUCAGUUUUAGGUUAUGGGCUGCCUUACUUCAACGAUUCAACGAAGCUUUUUUAAUAUUUAUCUUCAAAAAUACAGUCCUUUUACUUUGGGACGUCUUACUAAUAUUACAAAUGCAGAACUUGCAAAAGUAGGUAACUCAGUAGAGAAGAAAGUUAAGUAGUGAUAAUUAUUCAGAUUUUUCAAUUUAAUGCUUCAUCUUAAUUAAUUUCAAAAGGGAAUGCAAAUCGGUUAUAACCGUAACUGAAACAGUCGGUUAUAACCGAUAAUUUAGAUAAAAUUUCAUAACCGAUUAUUGAAAACUCGAAUAACCGGUAACGGUUAUUUUCGGUUAUUUAUUUAUGACUUCUGUGGAUUGUUUGUUCUAUGGAUUGAUUUUAUAAAUAAAUAAAUAAAUAAACUUAUCUUAUAACUACGAAAUCCUGCCUUUUUUGGCUGUGACUAAAUAUUUUUUAUUAGUGUACUUUAAUAACGAAAAAAUGCCAAAUUGAUUGAUUGAAUAUUGUAUGACGUCCAAGGUCAUAUUUUCACUUUUACUGUAUUUUGUGUGUUUUAUUAAAAACCGAACACUUAUAUUCCUGUACUGUACCUUUAUUUUUGUAAUUUUUUUUUUUAAUUUCUUGAUUUUAAAUUUAUCAUUUUUUGUGGGAAAUAACCGUAAGUAAAUGAUUAUAACCGAAUAUCGGUUAUUUUUUGGGCGUAACUGAAACCGGUUAUGAAGUUUGGCUGGUUAUAGCAUUCCGUAAUUUAAAACAAGCCCCACAAAAGUAUAAUGCUCAUGAUAUACAUGUUUACAAAAUCCUCAACGAAAUGUUCUUCGGGGCCUAAUGCCCUCAUUACAGGUAAGUACAUUAGCAGUUUAUAAUCCCAAUAUUUAACGGUUUACCGAAAACUUGGGAUAUCCGAAUAUCCAAAUCAAUUUUGUGUCCUUGUAAUUUGUAUAAUAUGAAUGUAAGUUUAAAAUACACUGUGUCUUUUUUUAUAUUAAUUUCAGGGGUGCAUUCCUGAGCUUAAAUUAAGUAAUUUUCUCAAAGACACCGGUAUUCUAAUUAACUCAAUUUCGGAGAUAAUCAAUAAUUUAUUUUUAUCUGAUAAGGCCCGUACGAGCGUGUACACUUGCUUUACGUGUUGAUUAGUGUUUAAGACGAUCGAUAUUCGAAAUGUCAUUGGUAAUGUCCCAGUUUUCAAUAGUUUGGUUGAGUUAAAUGUAAUUCCCGUGCAACAACUACUCUAUACCUUUAUUUUUUUAAUAAAAAUUAAUUAAAUGUUUCAUUAAUUACUUUUUAUAAAAAAAAGUAAAUAAAAUAAUUCAAUUUUAUGAAAAUUAACUAAGCCAUUUAGUUUCAUUAAACGUACUUACCUAGGUAUAGCCCAAAGUUAACGGAAUGCAAUACAAACACGGUGUAUACUGUAUACAGUGACGGCAAAAGUGGUCAAAUAUUUUAUAACACGCCUUUGUUGCCAUAAAAAUAAGAAUGUGUCCCAAUAUAUUUGGCCACUUUGGUCACUAUCUGAUGCUGACUGUGUAUAGUGAUAUUUCCUUUUGAAAUAGGCAUUGGAUUAUUGUAUUGUACCUAUAAAAUGCUUUUUAUUAAUCUUAAAAUAGCUUGCAUAACGCGGGUGACUGAUAAGUUGAUAACUCACACAAUGGCUUUCUCAGCGCCAGUGGUGCUCGUCCGUUGGUUAUGGGACAUUAGUUGAUGGAACACUGGGUGCGCCUCACACAUACCAGUAACAAAGGAGCCGAGAAUUCAUUUCACAAACUUUUUCUGUAUACACAUGUAUUAUACAUACAUAAAAUUAAACUCAUACCUAAAGUUAAAAACAACACAUGAGAUGUACUUCUAAAACUAAAUGUGCAAGAGCCGGCAUGUUAAGGAAAAAAAGCUGAGUGAUUUAUUGAGGUACCUACUCUUAUCACUCUUUCUUCUUCAUUUUCGCUUGACUAAAAUGCUUUGAUAUUCUAAAGACGGGCCUUCGGGCAAUUAGAAUGGGGCCUGUACAGCGGUGUCACGCACACGAAUUCGAACCAAUCGUGCAAUCUAACGCCACAACGCCACUGGUUGCGUUAGACUGCACCAUUGACUCGUAUUCGUAACACCACACCACUGAACUAGCACCAUUCUUGGUGCCCGUAAGGCUUGUCCUGAGAUAUAUGUGAAUGCUAAAAUGCAGAAAGUUUUACUAUACGAGUAGGAACAAGUUAUAUACGUAAUUAAAUGUGCGUGUAAUGUAAUAAUACAUUACGCUACAAGUGCGAUCGGUAGAAAAAUUGCAACGACUGAUGAUACAUUAAAACACGACCGAAAGGAGUGUUUUAAAUCGACACGAGUUGCGAAUUACCUAACGUGUACUCGUAUCGUACCUAAGUAUAAUGUUUUACAGUGCAUAUGGAUAUGGCCUUUUAAAUUUUCGACAUAGUUACGUAAAAUGUGUACGGUACAUAUUGUUAUAGCGGGUUUAUGCACAUGCACGUUUUGAGUAGGCAAAGGAAAUUUAAAAAAUGAGAGGCACUUCCACAUGGAAGUAGAAACUGAUAAAAAAUGGGCAAUGAGUUCUAUAGAUUUGAGAGACCUAUAGAUUUGAUAGGCGUCUGUAACCUUGUUGAAUUCGAAUUAAAUUUUAUUUAACCGUAUUGCAGUGUUUUAUUUAAAUGAAUAUUCCACCAAAUUAUUUAAUUAAAAAGUACAAUAAAUCAUAUUAAUUUAGUUUCGGAUCAACCAAUUUUAAUCCCCAUAUUCAAGAAUACAUACCCGCGUUUUGUACUUGCCACGUAGCUUUUUGCAGGCGACUUUCACAGCAGGCAGUAUAAUGCAUGAAUAUGAUCACUGUUUCUAUUUAGUGUUAUAUAUCUUUAUAAUUAUUAUUCAAAAACAACACUAAGCAUUCCAAAUAAACAUUGCGUAAAUGAGCUGCAAACAAGUGUUAAUAAUUUGAGCCUGCCUGAACAUCCAACGAAGAGAGCCUCGAAUUGUCGACUGCCAGCGUAUUUCGGAUCGGCUUGACUCCUUGGCGCUGCGUAGAGAUGUGGACUCGCUCUGCAUUUUCUAUCGCAUGUAUAACGGGGAGUCCUCCGAGGAAUUGUUCGGAUUAAUCCCUGCCGCUUCUUUUCGCGAUCGUCCUACGCGACAACAUCUAUCCGCACCACUUAGAUGGUUGACAGUCCUCAACUGAGCGUUUCUCCAGAAACUUCCUGCCUCGCACAGCUAAACUGUGGAAUGAACUGCCGCCUGCGGUAUUUCCGGACCGAUUCGACCUUCAAACCUUCAAGAAAAGAGCGUACUCCCAUCUUAAAUGUCGGCAACGCACUUACAACCCCUCUGGUGUUGCAGGUUUCCAUUGGCGGCGGUAAUCGCUUACCAUCAGGUGAUCCGUCUGCUCGUUUGCCUCCUGUAUCAUAAAAAAAGGUGUCUAAUGCAAAAUGUUUAAUACCUUUCAUGUUCAUAGAAAUUAUAUCGAUAUUUUAGCCAAGUGUUUGCCAAGUUUUGUUUAGAAUCCCAUUCAUUACCCUGCAGUUGCCACCAUGACUUGUAUUUUUUUUUGUCUGGCAAUAUUGGCUAAAAGGCCUCACGCUAUUGGUUAAACGUAUGUCAAGUGCUACAAUGUUGCCUGUUUAGAAUUUCUUGAAACUCCAGAUGUUUCUACAAAACCGGUUAAUAGCUCAUAACUUUAGGCUAUAACGGAACGGAACGUCAUAAUUAUUUCUAGAGAGAGAGAUUCGAACGCUCCCCUCGCGUCCGACGCCAUUUUGAACGCUGUCAGUGAACGGUAUCAAGUCGCAAAGAUGGAUUCUUAGAUUACUCGAAAUGAUAUUCCGAUUCAAGCUAUGCUUUUUUAGUCGCAAUAUAUUGUAAAUUUGUGUUAUUGUUGUGAAGUGACCGCCACCAUGACUGACAUUGCUGUUCAGGCCAUGGAGGCCCUACAUAAUUGUCGCUGUUGCCUGCGACGCCCUCCGGACAAGGGUCUCAAGACGAUGUAUGAGUCUGUUGGGAAAACUGAAGUCUAUUGGGAAAUGCUCAAACAGUGCUUCGACAUACGUCUAAACCUCGGCAAUGACGAGUGCGGCAUCUGCGAGGUGUGCGUCAACCGCCUGCGGGACGCCAACGACUUCAAGAACCAGGUGCAGCAGAGCCAGGUGGACCUCAAGUCGCUGCUGGAGCGAGCGCUGGCUGAGAAAGAUAAAAAACCAUCCAUCGUUAAAGUGGAGAUUGUUGAAGAAGAUCCCAUCAGCGCCGAGCCUCUGAUACGUCAAGACCCGAAAAAGGAAUUCAAGUCGGAGAGUGAUGGCGAUUUGGUGUCAAGGCUAUUAUUCACCGCAGCGACACCUUGCGUGGACAUUCCGUCUGAGUCGGAACUCGAUGAGGCGCCACAUAAGUGUCAGACUUGUCGUAAAACAUUUGACAAUGAAGAAAGCCUCAAGAGGCAUACGUUUGCAGUCCAUGCGAAACACGAGUUUCCAGUUCCUACUAAAAUAAUACAUACCUGCAAAUUCUGUUGUCAAUGGUUUGAAGAAAAGAGCGAUUUGAAACAACACAUGGAGGUUCAUAAGGUAUCACCCAAUGAGAUCAUUGAUGGUCAGUUCUCUUGCGAUAUAUGUGACAAACAGUUUGCAGAAGAAUCUCACUUGAAGGAGCAUGAGCUAGACCACGCGGUAUAUAGAAGACUGUCCACAGGCGAAGAGCAUGAUGACUUCGACGAUGGCACGGUUCCUAAUUGUAGCAAAAAAAAGAAAAAGGAUGAUACAUCAUGCAAAAUGUGUGAUGAACACAAACCAAGAACAAUCUACCCAUGUGAAUUGUGCGAUAAACGUUUUAGAAGUAGCAACGGUUUAAAAUCGCAUAUGAUGGUACAUACGGGGGAAAGACCACACGUGUGUCAAGUAUGCCAGAAAACGUUCAGGCAUAAAAGUCACUUAAAGUAUCAUAUUCAAAUCCAUAAUGAGAAUCGGGAAUAUCCCUUCUCUUGUGAGAUAUGCGGAAAGAGAUUUUCCCUUAAAUCUGCUUUGACUGGUCAUUUGCGGUCACACACGGGAGAAAAACCUUAUUCCUGUGAUAUUUGUAGAAAAAAGUUUGCACUUAAGUGUACUUUAAACGCCCAUUUACGCUAUCACAGAGGAGAAAAACCUUUUUCUUGUGAUAUCUGUAAAAAAUCUUUUGCAUUUAGAUACACUUUAAUUUCCCAUCAGCGAUUUCACACCGGACAAAAACCACAUCAGUGUGAAGUAUGCCAAAAGCAGUUCACUCUGAAAGGUACUUUAGACAAGCAUUUAUUGUCUCAUACCAAUAUCGAUAUGCCAGAUAGUCAAGAAGAAAGUUUCUGCUGUGAAAUUUGUGGAAGAAGAUUCCGGCAAAAAAGUUACUUAGCACGACACUUAAAAGGUCACAGUGGGUUGAAACCAUAUGCUUGUGACUUAUGUGACAAACGAUUUACCCAUAAAGGUAACUUAAGAGCUCAUAAGAAAGUGCACAGCGGCGAUAAACCUUACUGUUGCGAAAUAUGUCGAAAAAGAUUCAGUUUAAAAGCCACUUUAAAAAACCAUAUGAUUGUACAUACAGGACAAAAGCCGCACGCAUGCAGAAUAUGUAAUAAACAAUUCUCCUAUAAAUGUGCAUUGAACGUUCAUAUAAAAGCAAUUCAUUUCAGAGAACGACCUCACACUUGCCACAUUUGCAAAAAAUCAUUUGCAUUGAUAUCUACACUAAAAAUUCAUAUGUCAAGUCAUACUGGUGUGAAGCCUUUUUCGUGUCAAGUUUGUGGCAAGGCUUUCGCAGUAAAAUAUGCGUUGAAAAAGCAUCUAUCAACCCAUAGCGGUGGGACUAGUACACUUAGUAGCGUGCCACAGUAUCGCCCUUUUAUGUCGCACAUGAAUUAGGAUUACAAUGUAUUAUGUCUCGCAUGGCGAGGACAAAUUAAGUAUACUUGUACUACUGUCCCUUUUAGAUUAAUUAUAGGGGUGUGUAAUGUUUUUAAUAAUAACAAUUUGCGAAAUUUCAUUUUUCAUAAUUUGAAUUGCAUAAUUUUGAUAUGCAGAAAUUAUGAUUUGGUAUAAAAACAAAUACAAUAAAAAUGAAUUGCAUAAUUUCGAAAGUAAUUAUAGUUUAGUAGCAUAGUAAUGUAUUUGCAUAACAGGCAACCAGUAUAAUGUUCACUCUGUAUACUAUUUUAUACUCAGAACGUUUUUUAUUCAUGAAAACCAACACCAUAAUGAUGAAGGUGUGGUUUCACAAUCAAACCACGGCAAAUCGUUCAUAAACUUUAUUUGAUUGAGUUUGCUGAAAGUUUAACAACACGGAAUUACUAAUUAAUAAAAAAAACUUAAACAUUAUAUUUGCAUGGAACAUAAUCGAUUUUUCUAAGCGUCAAACUUACCUACAUUCGUACUUUACGUCUGUUGACAUAUAUCAUUUUACCGCAAAGCAGCGGCCAGUGUGAGUUGGAACACUUGGAACCUCUGUGGUUCCUAAGGGAUUCAGAUAAACUUCAUAUAAACGCCUAGUGAAAAUGAACAAGCAAAAAUACAAUUUCCGAGACAUAUGGUUCUGCCCAUAUGGUCGCAGUUCUACCUAACACUCCUCCUCGCUUCGCUCGUCGUCGUACCUAACGGCGACCAGCUUUAAAGUUGAAUAGGUAGAUUGUUGUAUAAUUUAAUAGUUUGAUUGACACCAAGUAUAUCAUAGAACACUAUGUCACCAUUCGAUAAAAUUUAGUACUAUAUUUUAAUUAUUAUACGAAAUGUAUGUUAUAACAAGUAAAAUUAUUCCUAAGGAUUGUUAUGAAGAAUGUUUUUAUGAUUAUAGAGCAUUCUGUCAUUAAAUUAGUAUGACUAACAACUUUAUAUGUUUUGUUUUUAUACAUAAUGUUUAUUAUGAGUUUCAAUAGUAGUUAAAUGAAAUUAUGCUAAAAGUUUGUAUUAAAAUUGAACGGCACCCUAAUUAUAGAUCGAUGGCAUAAGUAACUGCGACUCGUUAUUGAAAUUUAAGAAGCUGCUAAGGACUUGUUAUGAUUUUAAACUUUUCGAAACAUUUGUAACUAGUGUUACAUUUCUCUGUGUAAUAUUAUAGAUUGGUUAGUCUCAAAAACAGUCUAUACCACCACCAUAUCGAUAAUCAUAUUGUUGUUUAGUUCAUAAGAUAUACAGUACAGAUAUAUUUUAGUAAAUAAGCUUAUUCAUAAAAUAUGUUGCAGUUAAAACAGUCGCGUAAUUAAGUUAGUUAUACCUAAACCUCACCGUAAACUGACGUAUCUAUCUUUGUGUCUCUGUGUUAUCGUAGCACAUAAAAAAAAACAUGUAUUUAAAAAAUAUUUUAACUAUUUAAAGAAACGUUGUAUGCCUUGUACAUACUUAACUUCGCCUUGCUAAUAUGGGAAUUUAUAUUUUGCGGCCGUUCGAACAUCAACAGUAGGUAUAUUGGCUACGUGCUAGCCCCCUAGUGUGGAUAAAUAAACCGCAUCAUGAACAUAUGUAUAUAUUUGUUCUUUUUACGGUAAAAUAAUACCUAUAAUUUAGCAAAUAUAAUCAUGAAUAUGAUACAUAUCUAAAAAUCAAACAUGAUUUUUUUGUUCCUCAUAGAAAUACACACUAAUAAGGAUUUUGCUAUGGUAAGUGUCUUUAUGCGAUCUCAACAGUAAAUGCAUUGCUAAUUCUGGGGACUAAACCACACAAUGUAUGCACAUGGAGGCGUCUGCCUCUAUGCUAGUUAACAACUUAUCAAUUACAACUUAGCGGCAACAUUUAAAAACUGAAGUACCUACAACAUAACUUUUUUUCAGAGCUAUUGUUUGAUGCACCGACUCCCGCUGCGGCUUCUGAUCCCGAAUCCGAAAAUGAUUCUAGCGAUUCGGAGCCAAGUGAUAAGGCUGAGUACAAAUGCAAGAAAUGCCGCAAGACAUUUGACCAGGAAGAGAGUCUCACG